UUUUGCUUCAAUAAUUUCAUUUUUUAUAGGGAAAAUAUUUUUAUGGUGAUCAUUCUUGUAAUACUUGAAUCGUAAAACUCUGUCAAGUUAACUUUUUGUCAGAUUUAAUGUCUCAAACAGGGUUCAUUUCCAAUUUCGAGUUGGCAGUUAUGGAGUUCCCAUUCAGUGGAAAAAAAAAAUAGAAAUAAAAUAUUUCUCCUAUUUCAUUUUACAUCAUUAGUUUGAUUUGUACUAGUUUGAAUGAAUGUUGAAGUAAUAGUAGUUAAAAAAUUUUAAUUUGAAAAGGAAAUUAGUUUGAUAUAUAUUAUCCAAAGGCUAAAGGCAAAUUUAUUCGAAAUCUUAAAUGGAGGAUAAAUAUAAUACAACAACAACAACAACAAAAAAUUGUGAAAUCCCACAAGUGGGGUCUGGGGAGGGCAGUGUGUACAUAGACCUUAUCCCUACCGAUAAUAAGGCAGAAAGACUGUUUUUGGUAGACCGUUGGCACAAGAAAAUUUGACUAUUUUCCCUUUGAAAAAAAAAAGAAUAAAAAAGAAGAAGGAAGUAGUAGGUACUAUGUAAGAACUGAGUUCCUAUCUUGCAUGUAAAAGAAUGUCUUGAUAGUCAACUAAUACAUUGUGCGUUGACUCUGUCAGUUACCUUUGUUAAGGGCAUGAAGACUAAUAAGCAAGUCUUCAUACUUCAUUUCCUCUAAUUUGUAUACCAUCCCAUCCAUUUCUUUGAAUAUGCCCUUUUCAUUCAUUUUUAUUCUCACUAGCAAAAUUACUUUUUCUCAUCAAGCUCAAAUUCAUAUUCAGAUCUGCAAGUUUUCUGUUGGCUAUAUUUAUAGCCUUGUUUAAGUUUAACCAUCAUAUCUGGUUUUGCGCUCUACUCGAGAGUAGUCAGCCAGCUUCUUGACUUUGCUUAGCGUUCAGAUUUUGCGGAAAAAUGGGAGAGGAGAAUUGUUGGGAGAGAGAAGUUGUAAUCACUGAGCUAACCAAGGGGAGGGAAUUGAUGUGUCAGUUGCAAAAGCAAUUUGAUCCCAUGAAACAGGAGGUAUGCCAGUAUUUAUCUGUGGAAAUACUUUCUUCCUAUGAUAAAGCACUGUCCCUCUUAAAUGGCACAGCUUUAUCAAUAAUGAGCAAAGGCAAACAGAUUAUGAAUUCAGCACCUUCUUCAUCAACUGAUAAGCUGGAAUCUCCUCAUCUUCCGGUUGAUAGUAGCACAAAGAGUUAUGAUCGUCCUUCUAACUCCAGGAAGAGGAAGAUGAUCUCGCGAAGGACAGAGUACGUAUAUGCUCGAUCUGGAGCAGAGGUUCCACCUGAAGAUGGAUACAGUUGGAGAAAGUAUGGACAGAAACCUAUUUUGGGAGCAAAAUAUCCCAGAGAAUAUUAUCGAUGUGCUCGUCAUCAUUUAUCUAAAUGUAUUGCUACUAAGAUGGUCAAGCGAAGUGACACAGAGCCGCCAAUUUUUGAAGUUAUUUAUGGAGAAAGUCACAGUUGUGGUCAAGAAAGCAAAAACCAAAAUGAAGAAUUACCUGCGCCUGUGCUAACAGUGCUAACAAAAGAAAAACAAUCUGAAGAAGUUGGAAGAGGAGGGGAAAUAUCUGAAUCUGAUAUCGCUGACAUGGUUUCAACACCAAAUAAUUCAUUCAACAAUUCCUCAACAGGUGUUGUAUUCUCAUCAAACUCCAAUUCCAAUUCACUAUUCAACAUCACCAAUUCUGACUUCAUUUCUACACCAACUUCUUCACCCCAUCCAGACUGGAAUUCUUUGUCAUUGGAUGAUUAUACUACUAGACUCACUGCUUUACUUAAUGAUGGACUUGAAAAUGCUAGCUGCACUUAUAAAGGUGUCGAUUUCAUCUCCACACCAACUUCAGACCGCAAUUUGUCACUUGAUGUUACUACUAGUCUCACUACCUUAUCCAAUAGUGCACCUGAAAAUGCUAGGCGUGCCUAUAGAGGUGUCCGCCAGCGUCCUUGGAGGAAAUGGUCCGCUGAAAUCCGCGACCCCAAUCGUGCUGCUCGCGUCUGGCUUGGCACUUUUGACAAUUCUCAUGAUGCUGCUGUGGCUUAUGAUGCUGCCGCCUAUAGAUUCUACGGGAAAAAUGCCAGACUCAACUUCCCUGAACGUUACAUGAAAUAGGCGUAGAAUUUCAGGCCCAUGAAGAAUGCGCCAGGGGCGGAUCUACAGUCAAAUUUACGAGUUCAGUAGUAUCAACAACUUUGGUUCAAGCCUUGUAUUUGUGUUAAAAAAUGCGGUUCGGUUGAUGAGUAGACAAUGCAACAUUUGGUUUGUCCAAGAAGACACCCCUCUUACAAUUA